AGAUGAAAACCCCUUGCUCAAGUCACUUCCGUCCCCAAAGCUCCGUCCCACCCAAGCACCCUGCGCCAAAACUCCCACGAACUCGAAACGCCCGUCGUCGCCGGAGCGAUCGGCGCCGAUGGAAGGCGAAGAGGGAUCCCAGCAGCCCCACCUCGCCCUUGCUCACAAGCUCUUCCUCCUCAAGCACCCCGAUGUCCAGGACAUCGACAAGGUCCGCCUCAAGGAGGAGGCCCUCGCCCCCAUCAAGUCCGACGAUAUGGCCUCGCUGUACGAAACCCUGGCGGCCGAGUCGGUCCUGGAGAUGGACGAGGGGCUCUUGGGUUUGAUGCGCGCGCGCAUUGAGGAGGAGCUGAAGAAGCUUGACGAGAAGAUCACUGAUGCUGAAGAAAACUUGGGGGAAAGUGAAGUUAGAGAAGCUCACUUAGCUAAAUCCUUGUUUUUCAUUCGAAUUGGUGACAAGGAGAAAGCACUGGAACAACUCAGGGUUACAGAAAGUAAAACAGUGGCUGUGGGGCAGAAGAUGGAUUUGGUCUUCUACACCCUUCAGCUAGCUUUCUUCUACAUGGAUUUUGAUCUCAUCUCCAAAAGCAUUGAUAAAGCAAAAAACUUAUUUGAAGAGGGAGGUGAUUGGGAACGGAAGAACCGUUUGAAGGUGUACGAAGGCUUGUAUUGCAUGGCGACACGAAAUUUUAAGAAGGCUGCUAAUUUAUUUCUGGAUUCCAUUUCAACCUUCACAACUUAUGAGCUCUUCCCUUAUGACACCUUUGUAUUCUACACAGUUCUUACUGGCAUCAUAUCAAUGGAUAGAGUUUCCUUGAAGCAGAAGGUUGUGGAUGCUCCUGAGAUCUUGACGGUGAUCGGAAAAAUCCCCCAUCUUUCAGAGUUUUUGAAUUCUCUUUAUGAUUGUCAAUACAAAUCCUUUUUUUGUGCUUUUGCUGGCCUGGCUGAGCAAAUAAAAUUGGAUCGGUAUUUGCACCCUCAUUUUCGCUAUUACAUGAGGGAAGUCAGAACUGUCGUUUAUUCCCAGUUCCUGGAAUCCUAUAAGAGUGUUACGAUUGAAGCAAUGGCAAGAGCAUUUGGAGUAACAGUGGAUUUUAUUGAUCUAGAACUAUCUCGAUUUAUUGCUGCUGGCAAGCUUCACUGCAAGAUUGAUAAAGUUGCAGGUGUUCUUGAAACCAACCGACCAGAUGCAAAGAAUGCUCUUUACCAAGCGACCAUAAAGCAAGGAGAUUUCUUAUUAAAUCGGAUUCAGAAGCUUUCUCGUGUUAUUGAUCUGUGAGGUACUUCCCACGAGCAUUGUGAUGCCUUGCUCAUCUCAUCUGAAAUUGGAGUUACUUUUAUAAUGUUCAGAUAUAAAAGUCAGUGGUUGUGGGAUUGUUGCGAUCACUCGGAAAUUGAGUGAUGGCAUGCAGAAUGAUAAAAUUAGCUACUAUUUGGGCAGAGUGAUGAAACUCUGAACUGGGAAUAUGACAUUGUACCAAGAAAGAUUUGUUUUGUUGCUGCAUGAGCAUUGUGAUUGUUUGUCAGCUUCCAUAGCUUAUAGGAUGCUCAUGUUGCUUUUCUUGGCUGAUGACUAACAAGACAGUUGUCUGCUUGCGCAGCUGAAGAGUUAUUGGACUGCUUUGUUUGGCUGGUAGGAUUAUUGGCCACAAAAUAUCUUUGGAAGAAGCAGAUAUGUAGAA